UGAUUCUUCAAGCGACAAGGAUGACGGCGCACAAACAGUGUGGGCAUCUGCAGAGUCCUGGCACUGAAAUACUCAUAUUAUCUCCAGAUAGGUGGCAAAAAGAAAAGGCAUCCGUCAUCCUGAGUGAAAAGCCCUCAGAACUGAAUAAAUAAGAAGCGUGACAUGACUAAGCUUGACGUCUCGAAACACAGGCUGCUUCAUGACCACACAACGCGAUGCAUCGUUAUCUAGCGCUAUUUCACCAACCUGUAUUUCAGCUCUGUGGGACGAUAGCUUCGCUUGUGAUAUGUAUAUAUAAUGCGUAAAUAGGGCAUCGCAUUUGGUUAAGAGGAAAAAAAUGGGAUUUCUGCACCAGCUUCAUCUCCUGCUAUGGAAGAACGUCUCUUUGAAGCGGAGGGGACCGUGGGUGUUGGCCUUUGAGAUCUUCAUCCCACUGGUCCUCUUCUUCAUCCUUCUGGGCUUGAGGCAGAAGAAACCAGCUAUUCCCGUCAAGGAAGCCUUCUAUAGCGCGGCCCCCCUGACCUCAGCAGGCAUCAUCCCCAUCAUGCAGUCGCUGUGUCCAGACGGACAAAGGGACGAGUUUGGUUUCCUCCAGUACAAGAACUCCACUGUGACCCAGUUGCUGGACCAGAUCAGUGAGGUGGUGGAGCAGAACCACCUGUUUACCGCUGACCGGCCCGGUUUGGGUCAGGAGCUGGAGUCCCUACAGCAGCACCUAGAGAGCCUGAGCUCCACCUCCUCACCGCUGGACCACUACUACAACAGCACCCAAGGAUUUACGUUGGCCAGCGUGUUGAAGAAUCAGUCAGUUUUCCACCAGUUCCUGAUCAGGAACCUCUCGCUGUCCAAUAACAUGGCCAGCCUUCUGCUGGACACACCCAUCAGUCUGAGAGAGGUAUACCACCUUCUGUUUGGUAUGUAUGCCAGAGAUGGUGCGGCAGGACACAGCUUGGUUCAUGGGGCAAAAGAUUACGGGCACAAGCCUGGAGACCAUGUCCUACAUUAUGAGGAGAAGUUUCUCGGGGGGUUACAUAGUCUGGAUGGAGGCCUUAUCAACAAAGCUUUGCAUGACCCCACCAAAGCGUCCCACCGGCAGGCUCUGCUCAGACUCCUGUCGCAGGCUUUGGGCCUGCAGAGAGUUGGAGGAAACCAGAGAAGUGACCCGCAGGGGCUGAAGGAUGUGGAGGGGGUCCUUCUGACUGGUUCCAUGCUGGAGCAGCUCACCUGCGGACAGGGUGGGACUAAUGAGCUGAGUAAGAUCUUUUUGGUCCCUGAGAAACAGAAGUCAGUGCUGCAAGCCUAUCGUGGCAUAGUGUGCAAUGGGGAGGAAGGUCAAAGGUCGCAGUGGUUCAUGGAGAUGAGCGAAGAGCUACGAGAUCAGAUAAACAUGCAGAGGGUCAUUGAGAAGCUCCAUCUGGAGCAGUCUAACUCCUCAACCCCGCUCUCUCGGGCCAGCCUCCGGGCUCUGCAGAGAGACCUAGCGGAUUUGGAGAGGCUCCUCAAGGACGUGGACCUCCUCUCUGGCCUGGCCCGUCUGCUGCCCAAAGGAGCUUGUGCUGGCCACGCCUCUGCCUCACCCACUAACCUCACCUCUUGGGCCCUCAACACCACCACAUGGGGACCCAACAUGACCGACAUCCCUGGAGAAGAAGGGGAGGAAGGGUCCGAGGGAAGUGGUAAGGGAGGCGGGGGAGAAAGAGGAGGAACAGGGAAGGAGGAGCCAGAGAAUCCCCAUUCUCAGUUUUCUGCUUUUGUGCAACUUUGGGCGGGACUUCAGCCGAUCCUGUGUGGGAACAACAGGAUCAUUGAGCCGGAGGCUUUGAAGCAGGGGAAUAUGAGUUCUCUGGGCUUCACUAGCAAAGAACAGAGGAAUCUGGGUUUAUUGGUGCACUUGAUGACUACAAAUCCCAAGAUCCUCUACUCUCCCAUUGGCUCCCAGGUGGAUAAAGUGAUUCAGAAGGCCAAUGAGACAUUUGCAUUUGUGGGGAAUGUGACUCACUACGCUCGGGUCUGGCUGAACAUCUCUGCCCAGCUAAGGACUUUUCUGGAGGAGGGCAGGCUGCACAACCACCUGGCAUGGCUACAGCAGUUGUCCUCAGAGCUCCGCAGACACCCAGAGCUGCUCAACGCCACCGACAGUGAACUGAUGCAGAUCCUACUGGAGGGAAAUUACAGCCUCCCCAACACCUCCACCCUGCUGGAACAGCUGGACACCAUAGACAACGCGGCCUGUGGCUGGACGCAUUUCAUGUCCAAGGUUAGUGUGGACAUUUUCAAGGGCUUUCCAGAUGAAGACAGUAUCGUCAACUACACCCUGAACCAAGCCUACCAGGACAAUGUGUCUGUGUUUGCUAGUGUAAUUUUUCAGACUAACAAAGAUGGCUCCCUGCCACCGCACGUCCUAUACAAAAUCAGACAGAAUUCAAGCUUCACAGAGAAGACCAACGAGAUCCGCCGAGCCUACUGGCGUCCAGGUCCCAACACUGGGGGAAAAUUCUACUUCCUCUAUGGAUUUGUCUGGAUCCAAGAUAUGAUGGAGAGAGCCAUCAUAAACACGUUUGUGGGCCAUGACGUGGUGGAGCCUGGCAACUACGUUCAGAUGUUUCCCUAUCCGUGUUACACCAGGGAUGAUUUUCUGUUUGUAAUUGAGCACAUGAUGCCUCUGUGUAUGGUCAUUUCUUGGGUUUAUUCGGUGGCCAUGAUGAUUCAACACAUCGUUGCCGAGAAGGAGCACCGCCUCAAAGAGGUGAUGAAGAUGAUGGGUCUGAACAACGCAGUCCACUGGGUAGCUUGGUUCAUCACCGGCUUUGUCCAGCUGUCCAUCUCUGUCACAGCUUUGACUGCCAUCUUGAAAUAUGGUCGGGUGUUGCUCCACAGUGACCCCUUCAUCAUCUGGCUCUUCCUCACUAUUUACGCUGUAGCCACCAUCAUGUUUUGUUUCCUGGUGUCAGUGAUCUACUCCAAAGCAAAGCUAGCUUCAGCCUGCGGUGGGAUCAUCUAUUUCCUCAGCUACGUGCCCUACAUGUAUGUGGCCAUCAGGGAGGAGGUGGCCCAUGACAAGAUCACUGCCUUUGAAAAGUGCAUUGCUUCUCUGAUGUCAACCACAGCCUUUGGCCUGGGGUCAAAGUACUUUGCCCUGUAUGAAGUGGCUGGAGUCGGCAUCCAGUGGCGCACCAUCAGCCAGUCACCUGUAGAGGGGGAUGAUUUUAACCUGGGCCUGUCAAUGAUGAUGCUCAUCAUUGAUGCCAGUGUCUAUGGGGUACUCACCUGGUAUAUAGAAGCCGUGCAUCCAGGCAUGUAUGGGCUUCCCCGCCCCUGGUACUUCCCCCUUCAGAAAUCCUAUUGGUGUGGCAGUGGAAGGGUGGAGACAUGGGACUGGCCAUGGUGUAGCGGCGGGACUGCCAGGCUGAGCGUGAUGGAGGAGGAUCAGGCGUGUGCUAUGGAGCACAGAAGAUCUGAGGAGAUGCGGGGUAUUGAGGAAGAGCCCAGCCACCUGCCACUGGUAGUGUGUAUAGACAAACUGACCAAAGUCUACAAGACUGGCAGCAAGCUGGCCCUCAACAAACUGAGCCUCAACCUCCAUGAAAACCAGGUGGUGUCCUUCCUGGGACACAAUGGGGCAGGCAAGACCACCACUAUGUCCAUUCUGACAGGUCUGUUCCCACCCACAUCCGGCUCAGCAACCAUAUAUGGUCACGACAUCCGUACAGAGAUGGAGCGUAUUCGGCAGAAUCUGGGCAUGUGCCCCCAACAUAACGUGUUGUUUGACAAGCUGAGCGUUGAGGAGCACCUCUGGUUUUAUUCCAGGCUCAAAGGCAUGGCUGAAGAAGACAUACGCAAGGAAAUGGACAAGAUGAUUGUUGAUCUAGAGUUAUCAAACAAGCGCCACAGCUUGGUGCAGACGCUGUCCGGCGGGAUGAAGAGGAAGCUGUCGGUGGCCAUUGCUUUCAUUGGGGGCUCAAGAGCCGUCAUUUUGGAUGAACCCACAGCAGGGGUGGACCCCUAUGCACGCAGGGCCAUCUGGGACCUUAUCCUCAAAUACAAACAAGGCCGUACCAUUCUGCUAUCUACCCAUCACAUGGAUGAAGCUGACCUCCUUGGAGAUCGCAUAGCCAUCAUCUCCCACGGCAAACUCAAGUGCUGCGGUUCACCACUCUUCCUCAAGAGCACUUACGGAGAUGGAUACAAACUGACUCUGGUCAAAAAACAGAGUGAAAGCCUAGACCAGAGCUGCCAGCUGCAGCCUCCCUGCUUCCUCUCUCCGUCAUCGCUUCUCUCACCUUGCUCUGAGGUGCAGGUCACCCAGUUCAUCCGCCGGUUUGUGGCAUCCUGCUUACUGGUGUCUGACUCCAACACCGAGCUGUCCUACGUGUUGCCCUCAGAAGCUGUGAAGAAGGGCUGCUUCGAGAGGCUUUUCCAGGCUUUGGAGCAGAGUUUGGACAGCCUGGCCCUGACCAGCUUUGGGGUAAUGGACACCACAUUGGAGGAGGUCUUCCUCAAAGUCUCUGAGGAGGACUUGUCACUGGAUAACAGCGAUGCUGAUAUGAAGGACUCUCCCGGCGGCAGCUCUACGGGUAAACCUACAGCAGUAGCAGGAGGCUUGGGAAGACCUCAGGGUGAUGCCAGCCCGAUGGAGGUGUGCGAGAGGCCGGAGGUGGAACUGAACAACCUGGUGAUGUGUUCAAGGCUCAGCCAGAGCCAGUCCUCCCUGAAAUCCUCCUCCUCCAUAGGCUCAGUGAGAGGUGACGAGGGUGGGCUCUACGCUGACUUUUAUGGGGACUACUGCCCCCUCUUCAACAACGGCCAGGAAUCUGACUCUGCUAGUCUGAAGGGGGAUGUGGACAACCCCCCGUCCCCGGAGCCUGAGCUCUUGGAAGGGCAGGGCAGUUUCAAACUGGAUGGCUGGUGGUUGAAGCUGCGCCAGUUUCACGGUCUUAUCGUGAAACGCUUCCACUGUGCCAAGAGGAACACUAAAGGCCUUUUCUCUCAGAUCCUCCUGCCAGCCUUCUUCGUCUGCGUGGCCAUGACCGUGGCUCUCUCUGUACCUGAGAUUGGAGACUUGCCACCCCUGAUCUUGUCUCCAUCUCAGUAUCAUAACUACACCCAACCAAGAGGCAACUUCAUCCCCUAUGCUAAUGAGGACAGAGCCCAGUACAGGAGUAAACUGUCACCAGAUGCCAACCCUCAGAAGAUCGUCAACACGCUCCGUCUGCCGUCGGGAGUUGGCGCCACCUGCAUCCUCAAAACACCCUUCAACAGCACUCUGGACCAACUGGCUCAGACCCUGAACCCCAGUGCAAACAACUCCAAGACACUGGCUGCCCGCUACUUUGACUCUAUGUGUCUAGACUCUUUCACCCAGGGGGUACCGCUCUCCAACUUUGUGCCCCCUCCUCCCUCACCAGCGCCUUCUGAUGACCCUGACCCUCGCUUCGAGGACGGACUGUGGAACUACACAGCUGCCCCCCCAACCACAAUCCAUGAGCCAGUGACGUCUCCUCCAACCCUACCCCUGUCCAUCCAUGAGCCGGUGCGAUGUACCUGCUCCAUGCAGGGGACCGGCUUCUCUUGUCCCAGCGGGAUCGGAGGACGGCCCCCGCUGAUGAAAGUGGUGACCGGGGACAUCCUGGUGGACAUAACAGGCCGCAAUGUCUCAGAGUACCUCCUCUUCACCUCAGACAGACUGCGCUUGCACAGAUAUGGUGGUAUAACAGUGGGGAACAUCCAGAAAUCAAUCCCACCAUCCUUUGGGAGAAAGACACCUCCCAUGGUUCGCAAGAUAGCAGUUCGAAGAUCAUCUCAGGUCUUGUACAACAAUAAAGGGUACCACAGCAUGCCAACUUAUCUCAAUGUCCUCAACAAUGCCAUUCUCCGUGCCAACCUGCCUACAUCCAAGGGAAACCCCGCUGCUUAUGGAAUCACACUGACAAACCAUCCAAUGAAUCGCACCAGCGCCAGUCUCUCUUUGGACUACCUACUCCAGGGAACAGAUGUGGUGAUAGCGAUCUUCAUCAUUGUGGCCAUGUCCUUUGUGCCAGCCAGCUUUGUGGUGUUUCUGGUAGCGGAGAAAUCCACCAAGGCCAAACACCUGCAGUUUGUCAGUGGAUGUGACCCUGUCAUUUACUGGCUUGCUAACUACAUAUGGGACAUGCUGAACUAUUUGGUGCCAGCCACCUGCUGUGUCCUCAUUCUGUUUGUGUUUGACCUGCCGGCCUACACCUCUCCCACCAACUUCCCCGCCGUCCUCUCCCUCUUCCUGCUCUAUGGGUGGUCUAUCACUCCCAUCAUGUAUCCUGCCUCCUUCUGGUUCGAGGUGCCCAGUACAGCCUAUGUGUUCCUUAUUGUCAUCAAUCUCUUCAUUGGCAUCACUGCUACUGUGGCGACAUUCCUCCUCCAGCUGUUUGAGCACGACAAGGAUCUGAAAAGAGUCAACAGUUAUCUGAAGUCUUGUUUUCUCAUCUUCCCCAACUACAACCUGGGCCACGGCCUGAUGGAGAUGGCUUAUAAUGAGUACAUCAACGAAUACUAUGCUAAGAUAGGCCAGUUUGACAAGAUGAAGUCUCCGUUCGAGUGGGACAUUGUGACUCGAGGACUUGUCGCCAUGACCAUCGAGGGCUUCGUCGGCUUCCUCAUAACUAUCCUGUGCCAGUACAACUUUCUCAGGAAACCUCAGAGGGUGCCAGUGAGCUGCCAGCCGAUAGAAGAUGAUGAUGUCGACGUCGCCUGUGAAAGGAGGAGGGUGCUGCGAGGAGAUGCUGACAAUGACAUGCUAAAGAUUGACAACCUCACUAAGGUUUACAAGUCCAGGAAAAUGGGUCGUAUCUUGGCGGUGGACAGGCUAUGCCUUGGUGUCCGUCCAGGAGAAUGCUUUGGCUUGCUCGGGGUGAAUGGCGCAGGGAAAACCACCACUUUUAAAAUGCUGACCGGAGACGAGUCUACCACAGGAGGAGAAGCCUUCAUAAGUGGAAACAGCAUCCUGAAGGAUCUGUUGCGUGUGCAGCAGAGUAUCGGCUACUGCCCCCAGUUUGAUGCCCUGUUUGAGGACCUGACAGCGAGGGAACAUCUGGAGCUUUACACUCGCCUCCGCGGCAUUCCCUGGAAAGACCAGCAGAGGGUGGUGCAAUGGGCGCUAGAGAAACUAGAGCUGUCAAAGUAUGCAGACAAGCCUGCCGGCACCUACAGCGGUGGAAACAAACGCAAGCUUUCCACGGCCAUUGCCCUCAUUGGAUACCCCUCCCUCAUUUUCCUGGAUGAGCCCACCACUGGUAUGGACCCCAAGGCUCGUCGAUUCCUCUGGAAUUUAAUCCUUGACAUCAUUAAGACGGGCCGGUCCGUCGUGUUGACGUCACACAGUAUGGAGGAGUGUGAGGCUUUGUGCACCAGACUGGGCAUAAUGGUUAACGGCAGAUUUAAGUGCCUGGGCAGCAUCCAACACCUUAAGAACAGGUUUGGCGAUGGCUACAUGAUCACUGUGCGAACCAAGACCAGUUCCAGUGUGAAGGAGGUGGUCCGAUUCUUCAACAGGAACUUCCCUGAGGCUGUUUUAAAGGAGCGCCACCACACCAAGGUCCAGUACCAGCUGAAGUCAGAGCGCAUCUCUCUGGCUCAGGUGUUCAGUAAGAUGCAGCAGGUGGUGGAGGUGCUAGGCAUCGAGGACUACUCUGUCAGCCAGACCACUCUGGACAAUGUGUUUGUCAAUUUUGCAAAGAAGCAGAGCGACAACCUGGAGCAGCAGCAGCGUUCCCCACCGGGCGGUGGCCAGUCGCCCCUGCAGCGCAUCCUGAGCCUGCUGAAGCCUCGUCCAGCCAACACGGAGCUGAACGCCCUGGUCAGCGAGGAGCCGGAGGAGCUGGAGAGCGACGAUGAUGAAGGACUCAUCAGCUUUGAAGAGGAAAGGGUGCAGCUCUCCUUUAAUACAGACACUCUCUGCUGAAAUUAAGAAAAACUCAAAGAGCAGACAGACGUCAAAGACUGGCACCGAGGGACCAAGAGAAGAAAAAUAAAGCAUUUCAGAGACCUAUGGGGGUCAGAGAGAUGAUGGAGCUGCUCACCUAGACGAUGAAGAGGACCAGUUGGUACAGUAUUUCAGCCUCAAAUUUUUUGCCAUGGGAGCGACUGUCAUGUUUAUAUCCAUUUUAAAGUCUGACCCGGAUGGACAGAAAAUGCCAUGGGCGGUUUAAGAUCCUGUGCCAUAUGCCGUAGGUAGAGACACUGCAACAGUGGAAUGCUUACAUUUGUAAUGGAGUUGUCGUCUUGGAAUGUUUUCACAAUUACUUUGGGGAAUGUAUAUUCAUAGUGUGGUUGAAAGAUAGAUUGACCACCAAUGAUGUCAGAAAAAUAACUUAUUGUUCCUGAUACGGACUCCUUCAGUUGUUCCAAUAUUUUCUCAGUGUUUGAUGCCGAGGGUUGAAUUUCAUUUGCUCAAACACACUCCCUGCCAAAAGGGGCCUCAAGUGUAACUAGAAACGGCCCUUUAACCAGACUGUACCUGCCGGGAAAGCAUGCUGUGGAUAAAUCAAGUCGAAAUCAAAGUCGUUGUGUUGUAAUACGGUAUAUUUUUCUGUGGCGAGAAGGAUGAUUUAUUUUCGAUAUUGAAACCGCCUGUGGACUGAUGUCUUAUUUCCACAAGAACAGAGUUGUUGCUUUUUUCUGUUUUUUCUUUUCUUUUCUCAAUAAAACGCACCUUGGGAAGUGCCAUGUUUUGACGUGGAACUCGGCCGGCACUUUUUCUUCCAAAUCCACACCCAGGUUUUCCCGUUCAGAGAGAGGGUACACGGUGUCUCCCCGAUAUGAAACCUGGUGUAUUGUAAUGUGCAUUCUUGUCUCUCUUUGGUUCCUCCAUCCGAAAUGCUCUGUUUAUAUAUUUUGUGUGUGUGUGUGUGUGUCUGUGUGUGUGUGUCGUGUGGAUUCUGCCAUGAAGAUGCUAUAGACAGCAGACACGACGUUAAUGGCUUAUUUUACAGUUCAAGAUGGUGAAACAUUAAAACACGGAUGGGAAUUGAACUUAUUUACCUUCCAUAACCACUCACAGCUCUCUUACAGGAUGUUUAAUAUAAUAACUGCCCUAGCAUCACUGUGAUAUUUAAAGGGUUUCUCAGAUCAUGGAUGCAUUUCACACAGGAAUGUGCACAUUGGAUGGCGUAUGGGGAAACUUGGAUAUUAUGGGAUGGGUGGGUGACACGUAAAAAAUAUCCAUCUUUUAACAAGGGUGGUGGUUUUUCAGACUCCGUAUACAUUGGCAUGUACUUUCAACCAGUCUUCUCAUGAGGUGUAUGUUUUGUGAUAAAUUCAGUUGUAACCCAUCUCAUUACUGUCAAAGUAAUAAUUACUGAGCAACUUAUUUCACAGCUAACUUCAGUCAUAUUUUUGGUGGUAAUGUGGGGCUUAAUGUGAACUUUUUCUUACUUGAACAGGGUUGUCAUUAAAAAAUAACAACAACAAAAAAAUGAACAUUGACUGUUGUAAUUUAUUUAUUUUCUUAAGAAUCCUAAAACAGAGAGGUUAUGUUGCUGAAGUUUGGGGGCAACGGUUAUUUUUUAAAUUGUAAUGUGGAACUGCAAAGCAGUGUGAAGAGCAGCUUUGACUCAACAUGAUUAUGACCGUAACACUCUGAUAUAAAGCUCUGUGAUAUGAUUUCCAUCUCUCCCUCUGCCACCCAUCUGUGAUACACUGAUAUCAAAGUGUAGGACUUGUAAAAUGUCAAAAGAAAAGAUCAGGGACAGAACUGAAUUACAUUAGUACAUGUAUUAUGGAGUAAAGUCAUAGGUAGCUUAUGACACCAGCAACAACUGUAGGUCAGUGCAAUCAUUUGAUGAUGGGGUAUUAUUUAACCCCCCUCUCUCUCAUAUAUAUAUAUAUAUAUA